AUGGCGGUGGGUGAAGCACAUUCCGGGGGCCAUCGUGGUCAACGCCGGCGAAAUGUUCGAGUGGUGGACGGGGGGGGGUAUUACAAGGCCACCAUCCAUCGAGUGUGUCAGCCGCCUGCGGACCAGCGCAAUCAGGAUCGAUGCGGACUGUUCUACUUUGUCGUUCCCAACAACCACGUGAAGAUCAAUACCUUGCUGGACGAGUCUCCGGUUCUUCGACGGGCGGGCGUUGAACGCAAAUUCGAACCUGGCACCGAGCCCACGUCCGAGUCAUAG